AUCUCGCAAGUUACUACUGCCACCUGAACCUCCUAUAUCUCUCCAUUAUUCCCCUAUUUUUUCUCCGUACCUGCCCUUUACUUUCGCCUUGAUAAACUAUAACAAACUCAACGACCUCAACAUUGAAGAAACCACUCUCUCAGUCAACGACCAUGGCGUCUCUCCACAAUACCAUCCCCUCAUCUUCAUCCAUCCGAUUUCUCGGUCUCAUCAAACAACCAGGCUCCGAGCCCACCUCGAAGCCGUUCGAGCUGGACGAGAGAGACGUCGUUUGGUCCUCCUCGUCGGAUUUCUCCGACACUCGCUCGCCCUCUCGGUCUCCACCGUCUUUAUCAAAUUCUCCGACCAAUUUCCGCCACCAUCACCACUUUUCUCCAUCAAAGUCCGGUCUCUCCGCCGCGUUAUCCGACGACCAUCACCCUCUGGUCCGCCGGAAAUCGAAUCUAAACCCAUCACUCUCAGCUGCUUCGGCGGCGAAGGCGAUAUCGCCUUUGCGGUCGGAGAAUUUAGGUGGGGUUAAGUUCCACCAAUCAGCUCCGGUGAACGUGCCGAUGUGGCCGAAGAAAAUUGGGGGAUUUGGGAACUUGGGCCGUUUUGAUGAGGUAGAUGACGAGGUGGACGAUGAGGAGGACAUGGUUCCGCCGCACGAGAUCGUGGCGAGGUCGCACGUGACCUUCUCGGUGUUUGAAGGGGUCGGCCGGACACUCAAAGGGAGGGACUUGCGUCGUGUUCGCAACGCGGUAUUUCAGAAGACAGGUUUUAUUGAUUGAUUGAAACCUCUUUUUGUUCUGUAAUUUGUCGAACUUUUAGCUGUAAUUGAGAAACUGAAAUCGAAUUUGGACGCCAUAUCUAAUUGAUGCUCCUCUAUUGUUAAAUAACAUAUAUGUGGUACCGUACUACUACUGUAUUAGAUUUUUCUCAAACUUGUAAAUUGUGGAUUGGGAAUGUGAUCGAAGGGUUUAACCCCUCCUAGCAAUCGAUGAUUUUCUCAAUUUCGAUCAUGUGAAUUGGGUGUGCAUUUAGCUUUCCAUAAAUGUGGCUAGUAGCUGGUAGCAUUGCAUAUGCAGUAAGUUGAAUGACUUGCAAUCUUUAGAAAUUAGAAGCAUCAAGCUUUUUGGUUCUCAUUAACUUGAAAAGAUUUCAUUUUUGAUGAUGUUUUUUCGAUUCUGCCCAUGAUAUGUUGCUUCAUUUAGACCUCAAACAACAAAUGUAAAGCCAAUCUCUCAUAUGAAUAGGAUCCUUAAUAAUGCACACAAUUUUUGUAUCAACUACAACAGUUGGUGUCCCAUUUGAACCUGCCCUAAAUUAAGGACAUAUUUUCUCAGGUUAGUAGACGAUAGGCUUAUUUAAUUGUAAAUUUGGGCUAGGACUUGCAAAUAUAUUACCUGUGUUUUCUAGAAUCUUUGACAUAGUCGAUAUAAAUUAUAUGGGAUUUGGAGAAGGAAUAGGACGUCUUUUAGCUUUUCUCAAUAUACUCUUAAAUGCCACCAAUAUGUGCUGAUGGCUCCAGGAAAAGGUACAAUUGGUGUU